ACCACAAGAUUUCACAUCCUCUCAAAUCUUAAUUUGCCAUUCCAUCAAUUGACAAGUUGCAAGAAAAAUAAAAUGAGUACUACUCACAAAGCUCACUGCUUGAUUUUGCCAUAUCCAGUGCAAGGUCAUAUCAACCCAAUGCUCCAAUUUUCCAAACGUUUACAAUCCAAAGGUGUUAAAAUCACAAUAUCACCAACAAAAUCCUUCUUGAAAACCAUGCAAGAAUUGCCAACUUCAGUGUCAAUCGAGGCCAUAUCCGAUGGCUACAACGGUGGCAUCGACCAAGCAGAAUCUUUCUUGGCCUACAUAACGCGAUUCAAAGAAGUUGGCUCCGAUACUCUGACUCAACUUAUUAAGAAAUUAGAAAAUUGUGAGUGCCCUGUGAAUUGCAUAGUUUAUGAUCCAUUCCUUCCUUGGGCUGUUGAAGUUGCAAAGGAUUUUGGUUUAGUUAGUGCUGCUUUUUUCACACAAAAUUGUGUAGUAGAUAACAUUUACUACCAUGUACAUAAAGGGGUACUAAAACUUCCUCCUACUCAAGUUGAUGGAGAAAUAUUAAUUCCUGGAUUAUCAAGUACAAUUGAGAGUUCAGAUGUACCUAGUUUUGAGUCUAGUCCUCAAUCAGAAAAAUUAGUUGAAAUGUUGGUUAAUCAAUUCUCAAAUCUUGAGAAAGUAGAUUGGGUCCUAAUCAACAGCUUCUAUGAGUUGGAGAAAGAGGUAAUUGAUUGGAUGGCCAAGCUUUAUCCAAUCAAGACAAUUGGACCAACAAUACCAUCCAUGUACCUAGACAAGAGGCUACCAAAUGACAAAGAGUAUGGCCUUAGUCUCUUCAAGCCAAUGGCAAAAGAGUGCCUAAAUUGGUUAAAUCAUCAACCAAUUAGCUCAGUAGUGUAUGUAUCAUUUGGAAGUAUGGCUAAAUUAGAAGCUGAGCAAAUGGAAGAAUUGGCAUGGGGUUUGAAGAAUAGCAACAAGAAUUUCUUGUGGGUAGUUAGAUCCACUGAAGAAUCCAAACUUCCCAAGAACUUUAUAGAGGAAUUAAAAUUAGCAAGUGAGAAUAAAGGUUUCGUGGUAUCAUGGUGUCCGCAAUUACAAGUGUUGGAACAUAAAUCGAUAGGGUGUUUUCUCACACAUAGUGGAUGGAAUUCGACUUUGGAAGCAAUUAGUUUGGGAGUGCCAAUGGUGACAAUGCCACAAUGGUCAGAUCAACCAACAAAUGCAAAGCUUGUGCACGAUGUUUGGGAGAUGGGAGUUAGAGCCAAACAAGAUGACAAAGGGAUAGUUAGAAGAGAAAUUAUUGAAGAAAAUAUAAAAUUAGUGAUGGAAGAAGAGAAAGGAAAAGUAAUUAGGGAAAAUGCAAAGAAAUGGAAGGAAUUUGCUAGAAAUGCUGUGGAUGAAGGAGGGAGUUCAGACAAAAACAUUGAAGAAUUUGUUUCCAAUUUGACGACUAUUUCUUAAGUAGGAAAUUGAGCCAUAGAAAAAGAAACAAGAAGCUACAUUUGUAUUAUGCAAGUUUUAUUUUUCAGGUUGAAAUUAGCAAAAUUUGACCUGAAUCUUCCUUUAUUUUCUCCUCUUUUUUCCCCAUUUUCGUGGAAAGCGAAGAAAUUUAAUUAGCUGAUAAAGUUACAAGCUAUAAUUGUAAUGUGUUGUUUAUUUGAUAGUAAGAUAUGGACUAAAGUCUAAAGACAUCUAA